AUGACGGUCCCCAACUGUUGGCAGUCGGACGAGGCGUACUCUGGCACUGCAUGGCUAGAGAUCGGUGCUCCGGUGGGAAAAGCUCUGGCACAGCUGCAGGUGACCCUCUCAUUGACGCCUCACUGUCGCGUGGAUAGUUUCACCCCCGAGCACGUGCAGCUCUUCAUCGCAGAGGAAGGGGAAGCCUUUGGCGAGAUCCCAAUCUUCGAGUCCGUACAGUUUUGGUCCUUGACCUUCCCUGGCGAACCCAUCAUUUUGCCCGCUAGGGAGCUUCUUCCACCGCGCACCAGUCGCGCCAAGCUCUGUGUGAAGCGGGCGGCCUGCGGUGGCCGGAACGUGCGGCUGCAGUGCAUCAAGGUUCUGACCAAACGUUUGAAGCGACGACGGGAAGAUGAAGGAAGGCUGGCGGAUCGACUCUGGUCAAACAAGGAGUUUGCAGACAUCGUGGUUCGCUGCAAUGACGGUGGCGAGCUCAAGGCGCACCGCGCCGUCCUGGGCAUCGCGUCGCCGGUGUUCCGCUGCAUGCUGAACUCGCCCAUGAAGGAAGGUGCCUUUGGUGAGAUUACACUGCCAUGUAGCGAGAACGUGGUGCGCUCGUUGCUGAAGCACUGCUACGGCCUGCCUUACGAUGCCAAUCUGAGCUUGGAAGACGAGCUGGUCCUAGUGGAACAAGCGCAUGCGUUCGAGCUCAACAGCUUGUGUGGCUGGGCAACAGCAAAGAAUGGACCAGUGGAACCGGAGGAACCAGUGGAACCCGUUGCACCCAAGGACGUCAUUGAACGCAUUUGUGAGGACGCGGCCUUCUCGGCCAUCGAACGGCUCAACGAGGCCACGGUGGUUCAACUGGUGAAGGGCCUCAGGACUUUCUAUAAGGCUGGGUCUCUUAAGGAAGAGUGGGAGAACCUGGUCAGACAAGUCAGAGCCAGUCCGGAUUUGUGUCAAGCAGCCCUGCUCGACAGCUGA